AGUUGGAGACUUGGAGAUGUAAUGUCAUAUUUGCUCUUCAAAUAUAUAAUUUGCAGUUUGCCCAGUUGAGGUUGAGUGGUUUUAUUUGCAGAUAUGAUAGUGUGGGCACUUUUAACAUCAGUAGGAAUCAAUCUUGGGCUUUGUCUCCUCUUCUUCACUCUAUAUUCUAUAUUGAAGAAGCAACCCAGUUAUCUUGAUGUCUAUGCACCACGCUUGGUUGCUGCUAAAGAAGAAUCAGAGCGGAGAAAUGGGUUCAAUUUCGAGAGGCUGUUACCAACUGCAGGUUGGGUGAAAAGGGCAUGGCAGCCCUCUGAAGAUGAGUUUAUGUCGGCCACCAGCUUCGAUGCUGUGGUCUUCAUUCGCAUUUUUAUCUUCAGUUUGAGAGUAUUUGGCUUUGCUGGGAUUGUUGGGAUUGUCAUUCUUCUUCCAAUAAAUUAUCUGGGGACUCAGCUAGAUGCGGAUUCUUCGGAUUUUGCCAACAUGUCUUUGGACUACUUCAGUAUUUCAAAUGUCACUGAUGGCUCAAAAUGAUUAUAUAAGCUAACUUGGAUGGGAAAUAUUGGUCCUAGAUACCGGCAACUGAGUUGGACUUUUCUCUUACUUUUUGUGCUUGCACAUUCAUAGACUAGGAGGUGAGAGUGAAGUUGUUCAAGCUCAUGCCAAGAUUUAGACUUAGGUUAUGGGUUCACUUUUGUGCAGUAUACAUUGUCAGUGGAGUCGUCUGCUAUCUUCUUUAUUAUGAGUAUAGCUAUAUCUCAUCAAAAAGAAUUGCUCACUACUAUUCAUCCAAACCUCAGCCUCAUCAGUUUACAAUAUUAGUUCGUGGUAUUCCUGUCUCAUCUGGGAGCAGCUGCAGUGAAACUGCUGAGAAAUUUUUUACAGAGUAUUAUCCUUCUACUUAUCUUUCACAUUCAGUGGUUCGCCGAACCAACAAACUUCAACAUCUCACUAGUGAUGCUAAAAAGCUAUACAGAAGGCUUGCGCAUCUGAAAUCGGAAACUAAUCCCCAGCGACGAUCCAUACGUGAUGGCUUUUGUGGGCUUUUUGGACACAAAGUUAAUGUUUUAGAUCACUAUGGAAAGAAAUUAGAAACUUUAGAAGAUAAUGUGAGAAUGGAGCAAUUGUCAGUGGCAGGAAAGGAAGUUCCAGCUGCCUUUGUGUCAUUUAAGUCCCGGCUUGGUGCUGCGAUAGCUUUACACAUUCAACAAGGAACAAAUCCCACGGAAUGGGUCACCGAGAGGGCUCCGGAGCCUCAAGACGUUCACUGGCCCUUCUUUUCUUCAUCUUUUAUAAAAAGAUGGAUCUCUAUGCUGCUGGUGGUGGUUGCAUACGCUGCUGUUACAAUUCUAUUCCUCAUUCCAGUUGUAAUAGUGCAAGGCCUUACUAAUCUUGAACAGUUGGAAACGUAUUUUCCUUUUCUGGAAAGCAUACUGAGCCUAACAGUUGUCAGUGAAGUCAUAACAGGAUAUCUUCCAAGUCUUAUUCUUCAGAUGUUCAUGGCUUUUGUGCCACCCAUCAUGAUAAUGUUGUCAUCCAUGGAAGGUUGCAUCUCUUUCAGUCAGAUAGAAAAAAGUGCAUGCACCAAGAUGUUGUGCUUUACUAUAUGGAACAUUUUCUUUGCAAAUGCACUAUCAGGAACAGUUCUCUAUCGGUUCGAUAUCUUUCUUGAUCCCAAAGAGAUUCCGGGGAUCCUUGCUGAUGCUGUUCCAGCACAGGCAUCAUUCUUCAUUGCAUAUGUUGUGACAUCUGGAUGGACCAGUCUUCUAUCCUCAGUACUCUUCCGUCUGAGUCCCCUGUUUUGCAGUAUUAUAAAAAGACCAUUUUCAGGAAAAGAUAGUGAUGAAUUGAAGGUUCCUUCAAUUCCAUACCAUAGUCACAUUCCUAAAGUUCUGUUUUUUGGACUCCUUGGAAUAACAUACUUCUUCCUAGCUCCACUGAUUCUCCCCUUCCUUUUGGUUUACUGUUGUCUGGGAUACAUAAUCUACCGUAACCAGCUGCUAAUUGUAUACGCACCCAAGUAUGAUACUGGCGGAAGAUUUUGGCCAACUGUGCACAACUCAACAAUUUUUUCCUUGGUACUGAUGCACAUUAUUGCAAUUGGAAUAUUUGGGCUGAAGAAUCUUUCCUUAGCUUCUAGUUUGAUUGUCCCUCUUCCAAUUCUCACACUUCUUUUUAAUGAGUACUGCCGUAAACGAUUUCUACCAAUAUUCGAAGACUAUCCUCUUGAGUGUUUGAUAAAGAAAGAUAGACAAGAUCAGAAUGAUCCGACAAUAGCUGUGUUUUAUAAUAAAUUAAGCACUGCAUAUGAGGAUCCAGCUCUGAUGCCAAUUCGACAUCCAAGAAGCACUGAUGACCAUAACUCACCCCUUCUUCAAGCUGGAGUUUGAAGUCAGCAGUUUGUCUUCUUACACUAAAAAAACUUACCUGUCUGUCAAUGGAACUCUCUCAAUAAUUUGUAAUGCUUGUGGAAAGAAAGAAAGCUUGUGCUCCUAAUACGGGGACAAAUUUUCGGCCAAAACUUAAAAUAAGAUUGUCUGUAAAUUCAUAUUCUGUAUUCAUGUAAAAUGUAGAGUAUAUGAUCUUUGAGUUAGGUUUGUUUUGGUCUCACGGCUGUUGUGGACAAUUGAUUUUAUGCUUGACGAAUGUAUAAAAUAAUACUCUUUUAGUGUCA